UUCAUCCAAAACAACAUCUUUUGAAGCAUGUGUCAGGAAUUGCUUACCCUGGAGAGCUACUGGUAAUAAUGGGUCCUUCUGGAGCUGGAAAAACAACUUUGUUAAACGUUCUAACGUUACGUUACAAUACUGAUGUUAUGGUCACUGGAAAUGUGUCAAUAAACGGAAAAAUAGUUAAUUCUAAUAUUCUAGCAUCACGGUUGGCAUAUGUACAACAAGACGAUAAAUUUAUUGGAACAUUAACAGUAAAGGAACACUUAAUUUUUCAAUCACAGGUACGAAUGGACAGGACUAUUCCGCAUUAUCAGCGGAUUCGAAGAGUUAAUGAGGUUAUUUCAGAGCUUGCUCUAUCAAAAUGCAGAAACACAGCUAUUGGUAUUCCGGGAAAAAUUAAAGGAAUUUCUGGGGGUGAGAUGAAAAGAUUAUCAUUUGCUUCUGAAGUUCUUACUGAUCCACCACUUUUGCUUUGUGAUGAACCUACAUCUGGACUGGAUUCUUUCAUGGCUCAUCAAGUAGUAUCAGUUUUAAAAAAACUUGCAGCACAAGGUAAAACGAUUAUAACAACGUUACAUCAACCAUCAUCAGAUAUUUUUAGUAUGUUUGACAAAAUUUUAUUACUAUCAGAAGGUCGUGUUGCAUUUUCCGGAUCAAGUGAAGAAGCUUACAACUUUUUUAAAUCGUUAGGAGCACCUUGUCCUAGUAAUUAUAACCCAGCUGACUUUUAUAUCCAAUUACUUGCUAUAGUUCCAGGAAAAGAAGUUGUAUGCCGUCAUUCUGUCAAUAGCAUCUGUGAUGCAUUCAUAGAAAGUGUUACGGGCAAGAAAAUUGUUAAUAAUAUUAAACAGCUUUAUUGUACUGUUACACUAACAUACGAUGCCAGUCAAUGUGUUAAUGUUAUAAUGCUGAGACAAACUAAUCACGAAAGAUUUAAAGCCUAA